UGAUGUAUCGAUAUUGAAUUACUGCAACCGAUAUAUAUCGAUCAUAAAAUGUACCAAAUGUUCAAGAUGGUGGCAAAGAAUUCGAGGUUUAAUAGGCGCGGUUCCUUUUGUUCGUUAUUUGGACAAGCAAAGUGGCUUUGUAACGUAUAAUAAACGGUUUCUUAUAUUCAUAAAAGUAACUAAUUUCGAUAUUGCAAUUAUUGAUACUUUGACGAUUUGUUUUUUAUUGGUUUAAACGUCAGCUGACACAUGUUUAUGUACAAGUCGAAUGUAUGCAUGUAACGUGCAUGAAAUUUCACUUGAGAAAGUCACCAAACCAAAACCAAAUCGUUCUAUUAGAAAAUCUGGCUUCAGUACAAAAUAACGGUGCAUACUAUGGAAAAAUUGAAAGAUAAGGGGUGGUAUAUUACAGAUCAUGGAUACCAUACUGCAAGUGAUUCUGGAAAUGUCAGUGACAUACAAAAAAUUAUCAAACGAUUACUGGAUCUUGAUUUGAGAGAAAUUGGCAAUGGUCAAGGAGAUAUAGUUCAGGGUAAUAUUGUAUUACAAAUACAGAAAAUACGUAAUGUAGCUGCUCCUAAAAACAAUGAAGAAUCUCGUGCAGCUCCACGUUUAUUAAAAUUCUUCUUGACUGAUGGUAAAAAUAAUUUUCAAGCUAUAGAGGUUGAACAUAUUUCAUUUUUAAGUUUAAAUACACCUCCUGGUACGAAGAUACUGAUUAGUUGUGGAAAUGUUCCAAUGUCUCAUGGAAUUAUUUUGUUAAGACCAUCAAACAUAGCACAAGUACUUGGAGGAAAAGUAACAAAUCUUGUAGAGAAAUGGGAACUGAAUAAAAAAUUGGCACUGCAUACAAGAAUGAGAUCCACUGAAGAAGGUGGCCCACCACCGUGGAUACCAUUUGGAAAAAAGAUUAUAAAAGUUUCUGAACAUGACAAAAACUUCAAAGCUUUAGCAGAAAAAGAAAAAUCUAGUAAAGAGAAUGCAGAAUUUGAAGCUCAGCGGAAGGAUGCUAUAGCAGAAGCUGCUAAGCAAGGCAGUAAGAAAGUUUUUGGUGGAGGAAAUAAGCAGCUUCUAGAUCACAGUGUACAAAGAAUUGUAGAUCAAGGCUUUUCUAUAGAACAAGCAGAAUAUGCCUUAAAAGUUAAUCGAAAUAAUGUUGAUAAGGCUUUAAAAAGCUUACAAAAAACAGACAGCAAGCACAAUACGUUUAAAGAACCACGAGAAUCACGUGAACCACGAAAUAAACGAUUUGAUAAAAAAGUCGAAGAAGGUAAACCAAGUAGUGGAAAAAUAUCUCUUUUUGAUUUUCUUGAAGAUAAAUUGCCUUUACAAUCUGAAUCUACGGAAUCGAGCAAUCCACCUCAGAAUAAUUAUACCCAAAAUACUGAAAAUAAUUUUGAUAAAAUGGAAUUUAAAAGCAACGAAUCACAAAGUGGAAAAAGUGGAAGAUCUCAAAAAGGAGGUCGUGGGUAUCAAAUUCCUCCAAGACAUUUAGAAGAAAAUAAGGGUAGCAAAAAAUCAAACUUCAAUAAUUCUAGUACUCAAUACUUACAAUAUAACGGGGGGAAUCAUUCUCAACAAAAUAGACCACCGAGAUUUCAACGAAAUCAGGAUAAUUAUAAUUAUCCUCAGCAAGAUAAUUUACAUAAAACGUACCAGAAAUCUCAAGUAAAUGAUUCUCGAAAUUCCAAUAUACAAAUUCGUACAGAUGGAGCAAACAUUAUGAAUAGUAAUAAUUAUUACAAAGCUUCGCAAGAUCAACAAGGAAAACAUUCUGGUGCUGGCAGGAGUAAUAAUCACUAUGAGACCGACACCAGGAAUAGACAAAGUUAUGAUGCUUCUUACGGUAGGCAUAAUCGAGCACAAGAAGAUGGAACAUAUAGAGCUUAUCCUGCAAAUACAACUGAUAAAAAUUACAAAAACCAACUGAACAGAUUUCAACCAAAUGAGAAUUCUGGUAGCAAGGGGACCGUAGAACCCAACAGCCAAAGGAAUCAAAGCCACUAUAAUACCAGUCAAAAUACCAAUAUAGCUUCUACUGGCAGUACUUGGGUAUGGCGUGUAGGUGAUAAAUGCUUAGCCAAAUACUGGGAAGAUAAUAGAUAUUAUAACGCGAAAGUAACUGGAGUAUCAGACAGAACUUGUGUUGUUCAGUUCAAAGGAUUUGAAAAUUACGAAGAAGUGCUUCAAGUGGAUUGCUUACCUAUAACAGAUGAUAACCAAGUUCCAGAUUAUGUUAUGGAUCAAAAACAAUCAGAUCAACGAUUUAAUAAUAGGCAGCUGCGAUAUGACCAAACUCAAAAUCACAUAACUGCAGGUAUGGAAUUUCGAAGAGGUGGAAGUGGCGUUGUUCCUGCAAAUAAAACUGCUUAUAACAAGAAACGUAAUCAGCAAAGAAGCACACAGCCCAUUUAUCAACCACCGGCGCAACGUUGUCAGAAUUCUAUGCCUACAAAUACUCAAAAUAAUUCCUUACUUUAAUGUAGUAUUGUCAUUCUAUUUUUUUUAGUAAAAGUACUGAACAUCGCUGAAUUAUUAA